UUAAAACAAUGAGUGAGUGUGAAAGACGCAGACGUUCACCUCCACACAGCACUGUGGACAGGUUGUGUCUGAGUGUCCUCCCUCCUGCUGUCCAUCGGUUUAUUUUCAGCCAAUCAGAGGAGACCACUGUGCUCCGCCUAUUGGUCAGAGCCACGUUCGGAGCGGUCAGCGGCUUAGUGAUGUUCGUGGGUCUAGCUCACAGUCUCCCCCUGUCUGUUGACCUGAAGAUCGCAGCCGGAUGUGUCUUUACCGGUGUUUGUAUCCUCUGUGGUGCAUUCUCCACCUCCUUCAGGUGUUCAGUUCUCCUGAUGUUACCCAGCAUCCUUGGCUCCCGUGGUCGAACGUACCUGAUGGUUUUCAUUCUGUCUGUGCUCUACACAGGACCGUUGUCAAACAUCGAACACAACAUACGCGGGGUGGCGCUGUCGCUCAGCUGCAAUCUCGACCUUCAGAUUCAGAACAGCAGGUUACUGUGGCGCGACGCCAUCAAACCGUUGUCCACGAUCAUGGAGCAGUUGGUGGAUGACAACACGGACUUUGAGGCAGAAAGUCGCAGCGUCCCCGCUAAGUUUCAGGUCAUCAGAGAUGAGGUGGCGUCCAGGUACGGAUACGAGCGUCUGUCGGGAAACAGCACGCAGGAACGAUUCACUUCAAGAACCAUGAUGCAAUGCGACAGUGUGGUGGAUGGGGGCAUAAAGCGCUGCUCUGAUUGGUUCAUCACUAAAUGGGAGGAGUGUAUGAAGACCAUUGCCGUCCCAGUCAUCAACCACAUCUUCUGUGUACCAAUGACAUUUUACUUCCUGUGUGAUGUCAUGAGAGUGAUGACCCCUUGGUGUCGGGAGCAGAUUCCGGUGGAGGGGAACUUCGGUCAGCUCUACGAUCAGCUGGACGGAGCCGUGGACAUGUUGUCCGGAGAGUUCAGCAGCCAGCUGCUGGUGGAGGAGCAGCAGCAGCGGUCAGUUCUGGGCGGAGCCGUGUUGGAUCAGGAGUUCAGUGUUUCCGUCAGCAGAUCCUUCCAGAAGCUGAGCUCGGUGAUGGCGCAGAUACUGGACCUCCUGCAGCUGCUCCUCUCCUUCACCUUCAUCAGUAUCUUCAGCAGAGCUGUCAGCUACGACAGAGAGUACAGGAAGGACAUUCGGUUUGACAACGUCUACGUCACCACCCACUUCAGACAGAUCGACGCUCGCAGAAAAAGAGAGGGAAAGCGCUGCGUGCUGCCGCUGAGACGUCCAGAGAAGAAGAAACUGAUCGAUCCACGGCGUCUCAGGAUCCACCUUGAUGAGUUCAGAGAAGUGGUGUCAGGGGUGUUACAGCUCCUCUCCGUCUGUCUUCUCUGCAUCGUCCUCCUGGCCGUUGACUUCUCACUGGUCCACGCUCUGAAGAUUGUCAGCAGACACACCUACAGCCAGUUCAACCUGAGCAGUGGACAUGAUGUGGAUAUCCGAGUGGAAGGAGACUCCAUGAUGUCCCACCUCCUGAAGAAGACCAUCACAGCCUUCAACAGCUCAUCUCAUCUGAAGGUCCACACUGACAACAGGGCCUGUGUCACUCGCCCCUCCUCCCUCUCCCUUGACGUGUAUGUCACCUGCGGCUGUUGUGUCCUCUUGGUGGCGCUAUUCACCUUACUUCAGGUCUACACCAACCGCCUCAGGAGAGUCAUCGCCAUGUUCUACCACCCACUGCGGGAAAAGAAGAGAAUAAUUUACCUCUAUAACCUGCAGUUGCAGAAACGCAUUUACUGCAUUGACAAGAAAUGCAUCACCAAGCACGAACGCAGCAAGAGGACGGUGUUUCAGCGUCUCACCAGCUGGGGGCGACAGCUCUGUUGCAAAAAUAAAAGACCAAAAAAAGAGUCGGACUCUGAGACCCACUACAGCCCUGGAUAGAAAAAGAAGAAGAAGAAAAAUAAACAAAUUAAAAUGA